AUGGCACGAGCUCGACUCCCUGACGACGAAAGGGAUGCAGGUUACUGCCAGCUUUUCGUUGAGACUCUUCACGAGCAAGCCCUGACUUGGUCUCUCCAGUUGGAGGAGAACUCAAUCGGAUGUUUCCGCGACCUAUCAGCAGCUUUUCUCAAGACAUACAUCAUGUUCACAAAGCGCAGCGCCACCGCAUCCAGCUUAUGGAACCUCAAUCAGAAGAAGGACCAGAGCCUGCGCGAGUACAUGGAGAAAUACAAAGCCGUAGUGUCAAAGAUUGAGAUCCCAGACGGGAUCGCUAUCGACGCCUUGCGCAAUACCUUGUGGGUCCACUCAAAGUUCCGAGAAGACCUGUACCAGAACCCAACCAAGUCGCUCCAAGACGCUAUCGCGCGCUCCGAUAACUUCAUCCGAAUGGAAGAAGACACCAACGCAAUUCUCAGCAAGAUGAGCGCGCCCAAGGCCCAGCGGCUAAGAAUGCAAAUACGCGACAAGAACCGCGCCACGCUCCAACGACAAAGACGGUCGCAAAGACGGUACAUGUUGUCGUUAACGAGAGCAAAGUACCGAUCUUACUCUCGUAGUUCGCGGGAGGGGUGGAACAAGUGGGCAAGAGAACUCGAGCCCGAACCAUCUGUCGCUCCGUAG